AUGGCCAGUCCUGCUGCUGAGCCGACGCCAGAGCCGCUGUUCAUCUUGCGUGGCUUGAAUGGAGCAGUGAAUGCGCUGUGCUUCCAUGCACGCACUGACUUGGGCGAAAGCGGCGAUCCAGACUGGCUGAUCGCUGGCGGUCGCUGUGGACGGUGCUGGACGCGCACGACGCCCAAAGGGAUUGCCGGCGUCGCUGCACUUGCGUCUGCGAAUCAGAUUGCAACGCAGGGACGUGAUGGAUUUCUCAGACUGUGGGACAUGGGGCGACCGGCUUCCAGCAGAGCGGACGCGGUCUGCUCCAUCCCCGUCGACACGGUCACCUUUUGCAAGCUCUCCGUGCUCGACGCUGGUUUGGGACAAGCGGGAGGACCUUUGGCUGCCGUUCCUAGUCUUGACAUGACGCGCACCCAAGUGAUGGAUCUAACGACGCAGCAGGUCAUCUGCUCAGUUCCAUUUGAUCGUGAUGCAAAGCAUGGUACUUGCACGUCCGUCAAACUCUAUCGCGAUGCUGCCACUCAAGAUGUGCGAUUACUCGCUGGGUACGAGGGCGGUGAGGUGGUGCUCUACAGCAUCACGGCCGGCAAAGUUAUUUCCAAAAUCCACCGCCACCAAGAAGGAGUGCUGUCUGUGCAAGCGUCGCUCGACGAGCCUCGCAUUGGAUUCUCUUGCGGUAUCGACGAUGUCGUCUCGUCGUUCUCGCUGGAGACGAAUCAGCCGCUUCAAGUGGCCAAUGAAGUGCGGCUCCCUCAGCAUGGAUGCAACGAGCUUGCGAUUCGACCGGACGGCAAGCUUGUGGCGACUGGCGGGUGGGACAGCAAAGUUCGUGUGUUCUCCGCCAGAUCGCUCAAGCAGCUGGCUGUUCUCAGACUGCACACAGACAGCGUCCAUGCCGUCGCAUUCAGUCAUCCUCUACGCCGUAGCAAAGAGCGUGGCCACAUGCUGCUGGCUACGGGAAGCAAAGACGAGCGGAUUGGGCUUUGGUCGCUGUACCCUCCUCCAACGGCCUCGUCGCGCGCUUCAGUCUCAUCGUAA